AUGCUCCAUCAUCUUAUGGUAGGAACCUGGACUCCUCCAGGUGCCAUCUUUACUUUCCAAUUCGACGAUGAGGCUUUGACCUUGAAGUUGAUCAAGAGAACCGAGAUCCCAAAGGAUGAACCUAUCUCAUGGAUGACCUUCGACCAUGCAAGAAAGACUAUCUAUGGAGCUGCUAUGAAGAAGUGGAACAGUUUCUCUGUCAAGAGCCCGACAGAAAUCGAGCACACUGCUUCUUUCCCUAUGGAACACGACCCCAAAGCUUCCCAGGCAGACACAAAGACUCGCGCAAUCUUCGUUUUGGCAGGGAAGAAGCCGCCGUACAAUGUGUAUGGCAACCCCUUCUACGAUCACGCUGGCUCAGGAAAUGUCUUUUCCGUCAACGAGGAAGGAAGUCUGCAGAAGAAUGUUCAGAACUACGAGUAUUGCCCGCAAACAGCAAUCCACGGCAUGGUCUUCGAUCCUACAGAAACCUACCUCUACUCUGCCGAUAUGUGGGCAAACAGAGUCUGGUGCCACAAGAAAGACCCAGAGUCUGGACAAAUGACUACUGUUGGUAGCGUCGAUGCUCCUGCAAAGGGUGAUCAUCCUCGCUGGGUCGAGAUGUCACCAAGCGGCAAGUAUCUCUACGCUUUGAUGGAGGGCGGCAACAGACUUGGAGUGUACUCGAUAGACGAAGAGACCCAUAUGCCCAUCUAUACCAACAAGAUCUAUCCUCUGGUCCCACCAGGCCACCAGGAGAUCUACCCCAAGAUGUACCGCUCAGAUGUUGUGUUCCUUUCCUCGAGCGGCAAAUAUCUGUUUGCGACAUCCAGGUCAAAUUCUCCAGAUCUGACUGGAUAUAUUGCAGCUUUCAAGCUCUCCGAGUCUGGUGACAUUGAGCGUCAGAUCUGUCUCAACCCUACACCUACAAGUGGUGGACAUUCCAAUGCCGUCAGCCCUUGCCCCUGCAGUGAUGAAUGGUUAGCUUUGACCGACGACGAAAAGGGCUUCAUUGAGAUCUACAGAUGGAAUGAGGAGUUCCUCGGCCGCGUUGCUCAUUGUGAUGUCAAGGAGCCUGGCUUCGGCAUGAACGCUAUUUGGUAUGACUAG